AUGCAGCAGCAGCUUGCCUGGGGUAACAAGAACGUCGAUCCUAAUUUGAUUAUCACCGCGCCGGAGUUUUAUUCCAAAAGGUUCAACAGCGGCCUUUACCAACCGAACCAACUGGCCUGGGGCGAUACCAACCUGUGGCAAAUCGGAGUGCCUUCCAUUAAUCCUGCUAAUGUGAAGAUUUCUUCGUUUGCGGCUGCACAGGCGCUCAUCGAGCACUUUGAUAACCGCACGAUGUACCCCAAGAUGAAGAACGUCACGCUGAUCGGCCACAGUGGGGGCGCGCAGUUUGUCAGCCGCUACGCAUCUGUGGUGCCGACUGAUCCAAAGCACGUCUCUGUUCGUUACGUGGUUGCGGACCCCAGUUCGUCGGCCUACUUUACGCGCGACCGUCCGGUGACGGACCCCGCGUACGUGGACAAGAACAACUGCUCGCUGUACGCCAAUUGGCGCUAUGGCUUCAACGAUUUCGAGCUUGCGCCGUACAGCGGCAAGACCGCCAAGACCUACUUUUCCAACUACGUCUCGCGCGAUGUGGUCAACUUGAACGGACUGUUGGACACCGAGCUCAACGGUGACCAGCAGUGCAUGGCCCUCAUCCAGGGCGGUUCGCAACGUAUUGGGCGCAACCUCGCGUGGUGGAAGUACAUCAAUCUCCUGGCGCGCACGGACGAGGACGUCUCCUUGUUCCCCGGCAACUUUUCGUCGAGCCUGCCCGACUGGAGCGGGGCGUUUGACGGCGACUUUAAUGUCAAGUUGUCGAUUGUGGCCAAUGCCACCCACGAUGUUGGCGAGGUGUUUAGCAGUCCUCAGGGCUGCUCGGCGAUCCUGGACAAUGACAAUAUCAACCUUGGCUGGCGUCCAAGCGAAGCGUUCCCCAUUCCGCCGAAGAACUCGACGACGCCGCAAGCCGGUUCCGCGGGGCAGGACCCCAGCACUUCCUUUUCUUCUUCCGCAACUGCUGUGCAGACGUCGUUGCUCUCCAUCACCACGGCAGCGCUGCUCGCCGCUGUGCUGGUGACGGUGUGCUAA